AUGAAACGCGCGUCUGGGAAGGCGCCUUCUUCUGGGCAUGGGCCCAGAAGAAACGUUCUGCCUCUGCCUGCGUCGACGCACAGCAAGCGUAGCAACAGCCACGAUGGGAGGCGACAGACGGCGGCCGAGGGCGAAGCAGUAACUCGCGAUCGCGACGGGUUCCUCAUUCCUCGUCCCCUGUCGGUGAAGCCGCAGGGGAGGAAACCAGCCGCAGAGAAUACAGCGAAACCCGCGGAAAAAAGACCACGAGCGCGGAUACAGGCGCGGUGGCCUUCCCAGUCAACGGCGCACCAAAGAGGAGGACUCACGGAAGACGAAAAAAAAUCGGGAGAGGACGUGUCAGAGAAAGAGGAUGCGUCAGAGGAAGAGAAGACAGACACAGAAAACGAGACGCUGGAGUCUUCGUCGACGAGUGAAGAUGACCUCGACGAUGAGGACUACGAGGAAGAGGAAGAGAAGCCGCGAGUGACUGCGGGGAGGAUCCGCCCUGAGGCGUUCCGCGUCUCCGGGAAACUCCGUUGCUCAAAUCCGUUGCGUGAGAGGCGCGCUGGAGAUCUCGAUAACUCUUCUCGUCUCCCUGCUCUCCUGGAUGGAUCAUCUGUCUCAUCAGGCCCCGCUCGAGGCGGCGAGGCGCCGGAGCCCGGGCGGAAGCGCGGUCGGGGCACAGGGGACUUGCGGAGUCUCUCGCGGCGCUCGGGAGAUCGAAAGAGCAAGAAACUGCGAGGAGAGGUGCUCCGCGCCCUCGACGCGUCGCUCGACAGCCUCAUUUCCGUAACCGGCGUUCAGUACUGUCCACAAAGAGUCGCCGAAGCAAUUGCCGCGGAGAUUUCCAAAGCACAAGGCGAGACAAACGCGAGAGAGCGCGCGAGAGAGGGAGAGGAAGACUCUGAGGGCGGGCGAGACGCACGGUGCAAUGGCGGACGGCAGACGGGGGGCGACCGAGAGAAGCGAAUGGGGGCGCAUGCAGGAAAAGAACGAGAAGAGAGGGAGCGACAAAGGGACGAGAACGCAGCUGCGACGAUGGCGACGCUGGCAGCGGCCGUCCUCAACAUGCUUGUCGAGGUGGGAGGCCUCCCGUCGCCUCUGUUCCACGCCAACCAUCUAGCGCCUCUGCUGAUCCAGUCCUACGCCGUUCUUCGACGUGCAUCCACUCGACGCAAAUCGCCGUCGUCCCUCUCGCGCCUCGACGCCCUCGCCUUGCCUGCUGUCUCCUUGCCGCCUCCGGCGUCUGCGCCUGCCACGGCAGCGCGGCGCAUUCUGCAACGGGGCAUCUGUCGCCUGUUUGCUCAGCUGAUUGAGGAGAAGACGGCGGGCGUCUCUGCUGGCUCUGUUGUCUCUGUCUCUUUGGCGCCUUCGUCGCGCGGGCCGGCUGGGGAGAGCGACGGAGCGGAAGGCGCAGCCACAGGGAGGAACCAGGCCGACUGUCAGAGGGUUCUAAAAGGCGACAAAGCGUCGGCGCCUAUCGGCGAGCGACAGCAGUGCGCGCUGCUGGAAUUCCCGCGGCAGACCUUCCAUAACUUUCGCUCGCUGCUCAAAAGCGUUUUUUUCCAGGCGACUCUGAUCUGCCAAAGCGAGGGAUCGCUCGAGCCCCUGGGCAGCCUCGGCCUCCUAGGCCUGCUCUCGGGCCUCGCUGGAAGCGGCGCCAGGCGAAUCCGCGCCGCCGCCACGCUUGCAGUACUGGGAAUCUCAGAGGGCCUAGCUGCCUCGCUCGCUUCACUGCAUGCAGAGGAAAGCAAGUUCCACCAACAGCUUCUUCAGCUGCAGUGUACACACGACGUUCCAGCGCUUCCUUCGUCCUCUUCCUCCUCUUCAUCGUGGGGAGAGAGAGUUGUGGAAGACAUUCGCGGGCGACUUGAUGGAGCCGAGAGGAGCACGCGGGUGUCGGUACAGCUGCUCGAAGUUCUUGCGGCGGAGUCCCUGGCUUUCCGCUCUCGAGAUGUGUGUCCCCUCAUCCGCGCAGAAACGCUGCACGUUAUGGCUUCGUAUCUCCUGCCGGCUUUGCCGGCUCUCGUGCUGGGGUGUCUCCCCUUUCAAGCGGCAGUUCUGUCGGCGCUCGCCGACGCGGCGGGUCCUAAAGCUUCCGUCUCCGUCUUCCAGUCCACGGCGCUUCUUUCCUCGCUCGAGUUCUUCUCUGUCGCUCUCUCUCUGCUUCUGCCCAGAGAAGCGAGCGAGAAGGCGCUCCCGCGAGCUCGGCCAGAGAGAAGAUCCGAAGCUGCGGGGGAUGCCUCGCCAGCAGGCUCUGCAGGCGACAACGGCGACGAGACACAGGUCGACGACGCCACGCGGCAGAAAGCCGAAACCUUUGUGAAGGCGGCGAGGCCUCUUGUUCUUCUCCUCGCUGCCGGAAGCGAAGACAGUGCAGUCGCGGCGUUGCAUGCGCUACUGCCGGCUGCGAAGGCCACGCGCAGCUGGAGAGAAGCGGGGACGAAAAGAAGCACGGGCGAAGACGCAGCAAAGGCACACGGCCGGAGACGCACCGAAGACGCGGGCGAGGCAGAAGGAGGCGAAACGCGGACCGAACACGGCGGAGGCACGAAGACGCCAGGCGAGAGAGGGGAAAAGGAAGAAAGCGUGUGGGUGAUCAGCGAGGAAGAAGGCGAGAAGCUGCUCAGCUCUUUCUGGACUUCCAAGGGGACGGAGGCGGCAGCGGCGGCUGCUCCGAUCCUCGACGAGCUCUUUCUGGGCGGACGCCUCGCAGCCGAGAACGCGAGCGAAGAGACACCGCAAGAGGGCCGUCUCGGCCCCUCGACCGAGCGCGGCCUGCGCCUUCUCCUCUCCUUCUGCCUUGCCCACCUCCCUCGCUCGCCCCCCUCUUCCUUCUCCGCCGCCGUCUCUUCUUCUUUGCUCUUUGCGUGCGCGGAUCGAGUUGUGGACGGUUUCUGGGGGCUGGCUGCGGGCGUGAAGCAGCCGAAGCGGAUGCUCGAGUUGCUCGUGCGAGGCGAAGCGGAGGGCGACGAGCGCUGCGCGUUGCGGGAAGGCGAGCGGAAACUCCUUUUGCAGUUCUGCGCGAGGAGCUUUCAGCUGUUGCAGCUGAGGCAGCGCGAAGCGCAGCAGAGACGCCAACCGAGCAAGGUCCGCCGCGUGGAGCGCGCUCGGGCGGAAAGGGAGCGAGACGGCGCCAGACUCGCCCCGGGUCGUGUCUGGGGCUGCGAGGCCUCCCUCCGCGAGGACAAAACGGAGAAGAAGGCGAAACGGACCCCGCGCGAAGAGCCGCCGGCUGGGCGACUGGAGACAGAAGCGGCGCCGGACGAAGAGCGAGACAGAGAGAGAGAAGACGAAGAGCGAGAAGAGAAACAGUUCCUCGUCGAGGGGACAGAAGCGGUCUUUGCGAAUCUGCCGAUGCUGCUCAGAAUCCAUCAAGCCGACAGAGACGAGCUGUAUCUCCUCCUUGCGGGCGUCUACUGGGCAGCGUUUCCGCCUCCCUGUCUCUCCUUCCACCUUUCCCAAAGAGCUCUGACGCUCUCGCCUUCCUCUCUGUCUUCCGCGCCGUUUGUGCUGUCGUCUUUCCCUCUCUCCCCUUCGCCUCUCUCUGCAGCCUGCACGUCUCCGGUUUCGAUCUGUGCGCACACGUCGCCGUUCUUCUCCCCCUCGGGCGCCCUGGCCGCUCUCACCUCCGUCUGUCUCUCUGCGUCUUCGCCCCUCGCGGUUCGAACGGCGUUCAGCUGUCUCUCGAAUCUCGCACUGCUUCUCGCGCCUCUGGAUGCGAAACCCGUUUCCGCGGCGCUCUCGCGGCUGCAUGCGAGCCUUCUCUCUGCGUCAGUCGCCAGCGGCGAGUCGCUUCAGGCGCUCCUGUUCAGACACCCGGCGGCGAAGGUCGGCGGCGACGCGCGGGAAGAGGGGAGAGGGCCUUUGCCGUUGGACUCUCAGAGAGAAGAUGCACAGGCACCUCCCGUGUUUGAUCUGAGUCGUUUGCGGAAAUCCAGGAAGCACAGAGAAUUGGUUGAAAUGCACCUUGUGCAACUGGAGGCGAAUCUGCUUCGCCUCGCGUCCUUCUACUCCACGUGUCUCUCUUUCCUCGCCGAGCCGCGGGGCAGAGACAGCGAAAGAACGGGGCGAGAAAGCGCACUCGAAUCCUUCCACGCGCUGUCCUUUCCCUCCCUCGCAACAGCGACGGAGACAGCUGUCGCGAUCCUGCACAUGCGAGUCAUGGCGUCGAUGGCCGAAGAGCCGAAUGCUGAACUCGCGACUGUUCACGGAGAAGAAAGAAUAGAGUUGAACGGACCGGCAGAGAUGGGCGAGGUGCCGGAAAUCCCAACGCCGCGUCUGGUGUUGCAUGCGUCGGAUCUUUUGCUCGCGAUCUACAGCCACCUCGCGUACCGCAGUCUGUUCCUGUAUUCGAACUUGACUGGCGAAAUUCGGCGAGUCGCACAGCUGGAAACCUACCGAGCGCAAGGGGCUUCGGUUCCGGAAAUCGGAGGCGACGCCAGAGAAGGGAAAGAGAAGAGACAGGCAGAGAAGGCGGCCAUGCGCGGCUGGGACGCCGACCUCGAGGACGGAUACGCGGGAGAGAAACACAUCCUCGACGGCUGGCCCGCGGAGGAGACAGAUCAAGAGACUGUCGAGAGCAGGGACGCGGCGCGUCGCCUCGCCGCAGAGGCACACACGGGAGAACAAGAGACAGGAAAGGGGGGAGAACGGGACAGCCGCACGGUCUCCGCAGAGAUCGAACACGCCCGCGAAGGGGUCAGUGCUGUCUCCAGGCAGCUCCAGGAAACUUUGGCUGAAGCCGCCGCGUGCCGCAAUCGGUCGACGGUACUUCUCGCAGCUCUCCUCGAGACUGAGACUCGCCCGCUGCUUCUAUUCAAUUCUCUCGUCUCUGUCUUGACCCUCGUGGAUCGUGAAAGCGCGCGUGUCUCUUUCCUUGACUCGUCUGGUGUCUCCGCAGCUCAGGUCGAAGGCGCAGUCUUGUCGGCUCGCGAGGCGUGCUGCCGGGCCCUGUCCUCGGUCUCUGUGUCGCCAUCCCCCCGCGCCGAGUCGCCUGCUGUCCGUUCCCCGGAGCUUCUUCUCCCUUCUCUGCAUGCGUACGAGUAUAUCCCGUCGGACCUUGAGGCGAUCGUGUCCGCGUUUCAGCACUUUCUGGAUCUUCUCGGAUCCUCAAGCGAAGCGUUCCUCUCUCCAGAGAAAGCGCUGUCUCGGCGUCUCUGUCGCGCAGCGGAGAAGACAGAAACGUCUUUCCCCCUGCCUUCGCACCUCCCCGACCUCGCCGGUGGCUCCUCGUCCCUCGCAGCCUCCUCGCUCUUCUCGUCGGCGCUCUCUGGAACGGCGUGUGCUCCCCUUCUCGCUACGGCCCGCUACGACGCCUCCGCGCUCUCGUAUCUCGAUUCAGUUGUCCUUGCUUCUUCUCCGUCUUUUGCUUUGUGUACUUCGCCGCAAAAGAGACAGCACGCCGCCUCUGCCCAAGAGCCGAAGGCUCUUGAGGCGUGCGCGCAGGCGCAGCCGGAGGACGGUCCAGGCUGCGACUUCAAGUUGAGAGUCCGCGAGUCCAUGGCGCUGGGCUGCUGUCGCCUCGCACGCCAGAGCUGCCUCCGAGAGCUGCGCUGGGCCGUGGGAGGUCUUGGCGCGUCUUUGCUGUCGAUGCUGGAUCACCCGUCAGCCCCGGUGGCGAUGGAAUCCCGCCUUCUCUUCCAAACCAUGAAGAGACAGAACUUCCGCCUCCUGCUUCAGAUGCUGCUGCAGACGGCUCAAGACCUCUUCGACGCGCGUCUCCUCACGCCUCUGACGCUUCUCCUCCUCGAACGAAGAGAAAGAGAAAGAGAAGGAAGAGGGGGUGUUGGUGGAGCUGGGGAGGCCGUCGCGACGGAGACACGAGACGCGGAGGUAGGGGACUCUUCGCUCGUUGCGGAAGACGUCGAAGAGCGCUUUUCCCACCUCGUGCAGUGGUCGGUUGUCGCCUCGCAGAGACUCAGUGUCGGGGUACUCGCGGGUGCUCAGCAGAUGGAAAUGGUGAAUUUCUGGCGGGCUGCGAUUCGACACAACCGCUGUCUCGCGAACGCCGCCGCCGAAUAUGAGCGCAGGAACUCGCAAGACGAAAGCACGCAGGAAACGCAAGGCAAAGACGAAAGAGAGGAAGAAGAGAAAGCUUUUCAGCGGGCUCGGGAGGAGGUUCUGUGGCAGCUGCAGGUUGGAGGGCGCGAGCGGAGAGAGGGCGACGCAGAGGGGAGCCCCUUGGUGGGCGUCGAGAGAUUUCCGCGCUUGCAAUUUCUGGAUUUUCUCCAUCCGUUCAUUCAGCGAGGAUCUUUGCCGACUUACCUGCUGAAUCAACUGCUCGGGGUCACCAAGGAGCUCAUCAAGCGAAAGGAAGAAGAAGCGAGAGAAGCGAGGGUGGGAAGUGGAGCGCAUGGGCGAAGGGUUGAGAGGGAGAGAGAGAACUGCUUUGUGGGCUGGGAAACCUCCGGGGAAAAACGAUUGUUCGAGGCGGUGAAAAAGAAAGAAGGGUGGAUGACGCUGCUCCAGACGAUGCGAGAAAAAAGGCAAGCAGCAGAAGAUGAAAGAGCGAAAGAGAGGCGAGAGCGGGAACGACGAGACCAAGAACCACUGGAAGAUGAGAGACGAAAAGAAAGACAGAAAAGAGCACAUGAUGUUGAGAGCGCAGAGAGAGGAAACAGAGAGGAGAGAGAGAACGAGCGGCGCGAGGUGAGAGAGGAGAGGAGAGAGGAGAGGGAUAAGGAAAGGAGAGAAGCGAGAGAGAACGAGCGGAGAGAGGCGAGAGAGAACGAGCGGAGAGAGGCGAGAGAGAACGAGCGGAGAGAGGCGAGAGAGAAGGAGAGGAGAGAGGCGAGAGAGAACGAGCAGAGAGAGGCGAGAGAGAACGAGCGGAGAGAGGCGAGAGAGAAGGAGAGGAGAGAGGCGAGAGAGAACGAGCAGAGAGAGGCGAGAGAGAACGAGCGGAGAGAGGCGAGAGAGAACGAGCGGAGAGAGGCGAGAGAGAAGGAGAGGAGAGAGGAGAGAGAGAAGGAAAGGAGAGAGGAGAGAGAGAAGGAAAGGAGAGAGGAGAGAGAGAAGGAAAGGAGAGAGGAGAAAGAGAACGAGAGGAGAGAGCGUGAACGCCAUGGAGCGCAAGAGCGUACGGGAGACGAGAGAAGGCAAGGAAAGAGACGGCGAGAGGAGAGUGAAGGAGCGAGAGAAAGAAUGGAGGGCGUCGACAAGAGAAAAGGUCGACAAGGACAGGAGAGGGAGGGGGAGAAGAGAAGGGAGAGACGGCAGUUCGACGACGCGUCUCGGGGAGCGCGAGGCGAUAAAGAACCCGCAAGGCCACGAGAGCAGAACGGAGGAGAACGAGAGGAAGAAGCCGCCAAAGAGACGUGGAGCCGAAGGGAGUUGUGGAAGGAAGGCGAAGAGGAUAGCGAGGAUGAAUUGUGCGCCAGACUGGAGAAGAGGAGCGGGGCUGGGGAGAUACAGAGGAAGGAAGAGGCCCCGAAGAUUCGGGAAGAGAUCCCAAGACAGGAGGCGCGCCAGGAAGAACGCAAAAAGCGCGAUGAUAGCCGAGGUAGAAAGAAGAAAGAGGUGAACAUCUUCUCUUCAGAAGAAGAUGAAGACUGGCGAGAAACAGCACAGGCGAGACGGCCCAGACAGGAGAGGCUGCCGGCGCGUUCCGCUGCGCGGAAACCUCUCGGAAGUCACGAGUCAGAGAGCGACGAGAGCGAGCGGGAAGACGCGAGCAGUGGAGCCGAAGAUCUGAGACGAGGGGAGAAGACGCGAGGAGCGAGAGCGCGCAGAAGCGAAGAGGCGCCUCCCCACGAGGCGAACUCGCGGGCUGAGCGUCACCUCACGGCCACGAGAGAGACAGAGACAGUCGAAAACGACGGCAGAGGUCGCCCGAAGCGAGACGCGAAACCUGGAGAAAGAGAAACGCAUGCACCAACUGCACCAGAGGCAAGGGCGAAACCGCGACAGGACGACGAGGAUUUGUGGAACUUUUCCGUCUCUCCCGUCCCUCGACGAACGAACCUCCCGGUGGAGCCCGACGCCGCCCGAGCGCGUCGCAGGGAGUGCACGCCGCGGCCAGCGCCGUCGGUUUCUUCUGAAGAAGGAAAGGGCGAGUUCACGGGAAGCGAGUUGGACGUUUGGAGUGACGACGACGGCUCCUUGUUUGAGAAGAUGGAACGCGUCUGUUCUCUUUUGGGGUCGGAGAAAAAGUCGAGAGAGGACGACGCGAGAGGCGUGCUGGACACUCGGCCGAGGAAAAGGCAGAAGGCGGCGCGCGAGGAAGAGCCCGAGUGGGACUCGGCGAGUCAGGCGACGUCCUUUGCGGAAGACCUCUUGGACUUUUAG